AUGUAAAUUGCUUCUAGGUUUGGCGUUUGAGUUAAUUUUUUUACAUUUUGAUGUUAAAAGUUAACUUUUAUCGUAAAUGUAUGGCAUUUAAAAUGUCCUCAGUAAAAAUUGGGUAAUUGUUUGCCAUGGCUCAAUAUUAUCAAAUAGCUGUUGGCCAAGGACAUUCAUUGACUCUAGAAGAUUUACAAAGAUACUGCCCUAAUAUAUGUUUAGAUGGCAGAAUAGUAGUUAAUCAAGAUGAUCAGCAGUAUGCACCACAACAAGUGGUAGUUCAACAAGCAGAUCAACCAAAUGAUAUCAUAGUUAGUGAAGGUGUUCAAGUUCAGCCUCAAUUAGUUGUUAGAGAUGGCUUACAAUAUCAGCAGCAAUAUAUCAUUAGACAUGACCAACCUCCACCACAGCCCAACCGACCUGAUUUUCAACAACAACAAUCACAGCAACAGUCCCAACAGACACAUCAACAACAGACAUUGCUUAGACAUCAGGUGUACUACACUUCUGAUUUACCUGUAGACGCUCAGGUUGUGUUGCAACAAGCCCCACAGAUUAUUGAUGCAUCAUUGAUGCAACAGUCAUCUUCCCAGCGUCUACAACAUAUGGUGAGCCCCGUGCAUGUACUUUCGUCGCCGUCUGUGUUACAUCCGGGUCAGCAGCCACCGCCUCAACCGCCGCCCCCACCUCCGCCUCCGCCACCGCCACCUACCCCUCAACAUGGACCCCCACAAAAUCAAAAUCAACAGCAGCCACAGUUGGCAAGGGCAUCACCACAACUUUUGCAACAGCUUCAGCAACACCAGCAACAAAUCCAAUUCCAACAAUUGCAACAGCAACAGUUGCAACACCAACUUCAACAACAGCAACAUCAACAACACAUGCAGACUCAACAGAUUCAGCACCAACAAGUUGUAAUGCAAACAGCAUACAUUAAUCAACCUGGUAACCCACGCCAAGCUCCACCGCGGCUGUUGAAUCAAGCACUAAACAACCAAAGUGGGGUGACUCUAGUGCGCACUCCAGUGAGGACCGUUCGACCAAGACGGCCACCCUUACGGGCAACGAUGACACCGCCACCGUUACAAGUGCCUGCUAGACUUCUCAAUCCACAAAUAUUACAACAGUCGCAGUCGCCGUCCCCCGGGGCGGCGGGCGCGGGCGCGGUGCGGGCGCGCGCGGCCCGGCCGGGCUCCCCGCGCGUGCUCAACCCGCACGCGGCGCACGGCCAACAGCGCCCGCCGAGGCCGAGGACGCCGCUGCUGCAGGUUCAGCAACAACAACAGCAACAGCAGCAGCAACAACAGCAGCAACAACAGCAGCAACAGCAACAACAGCAGCAACAACAACAGCAUCACCAGUUAGCACAACACAUUCUUGGCCAACAAGUGCAACAGCAACAACAACAACAGUUAAAUCAACUCAAACUUACACAACAACAACAACAAAUUUUACUUAAUCAAAAUCAACAUGGUCAACAAGCACGCAUCAUCACUCCACAGGGUACUAUUGUAACGCAAUGUAUCAAUCAGUCGCCUAUCUCAAUUCACACAGCACAAUCAAGCCAAAAUAAUGGACCACUACCUCAACAAAAUACCUUAAAUGUUGCACAGCAACACCCACCUAACCAGCAGUUGCAACAGAUACAAGUGAAGAAAGUUGUUGUUCAACCCAAUAACGCCAAUGAUAUGGAUGAUCUCGAAGAAAGUAUUACAGCGGCGAUAGUUCAGAAGUCUAUCGUCAAUGAGAAUAUGAAUACGUCGCAACAGUUCCACACGCCUCCGCCUCUGCGACAGGGACCGAGUACAGUGCCGCCUGCGUCUAUGAACUCCGGAGUUCCACAGCAUCAGAUAAAUUAUGUGCCCCAACAUAACUUUCCACAGAAUCAGAUAGUGUACGAAAACUCUCACGUGCAACAAACACCACACCAACCCCAAACUAUAGCCCAAUUGUUGAUGGAACAAGAUAAUCCUGAUGAAGAACGGCAGUUUUUCACAUUAUCGAACGGACAAAGGAUUACUUUAGCGGAGUUCAGGCGGAUACAGACGUCGCGCGCUAUGUCGCAACAGACGUCGCGAGUUAUGUCGCAACAUUUGCAUCAGCAACAACUUCAACAACAGCAGCAGCAACCCAGGGAUACUGGCCGACAGACAUUAGUUAAAAGUAAGGAACAACAAAGACCAGUGCAAAGAGUACCACCAAUGCAGACACAACCACAAGCUCCUCACUCCGAAAACAACGAAACUGGUGGUCCAUCUGAACAAUCCGCAGAGCCCCAAUCUGCAAAAAUGUUAAUAUUUCUCCAAAAUGGAGAACAAAGACUUAUUACUUUUACACUGCCAAAGGAAAGCUGUACACUUCAAGAAGUUUUGGAACAGAUUUUGUUCCAGGUUAAUGUACCCUUUACGGAAGAUACUCAUAUACAGUGUAUGCAAAAUACCAGUAGUGAAAUUGAUUAUUUUGUAUCAGUAGGUUCUACAACAAGAAUAGAAGAAAUGGUAGAGAACCAUCCGAUGUUAGUGGGUGAUAUUAGCAGUAGAAGUUCGCCUAAUGUGACUACACAAUCUCAAAAUAGUGAAAUGUCCACACCGGAGAAGGGUCCCGGUCCCGAUACUUCUAACAAUAGUCCCGAGUCGCCUAAAUCACCCCCGCCGCGUUUUGUAGAUGGGAAACUAGCAGUAUGCAAGUCUUGCGGUUACACUGGCUUCGAUUUUAGUCGCUGUCAACGGUGUAAACGAGUUUUCACAGAAGAACCGAAAAGUGUUCCAUUAGCAAGUAAAAACGUAGAACAAAAGAAGAAAGAAGCUGAAAAAACUCACCAAGAAAAACAAAUAACAUGCAGUGAAAGCUUUAAGCUGAACUUGCUAAAACCUUCCAUCAAAACAUUUAAUAAUAAAACUAUUGUACAAGAGAAAAAGCCGGGAAGAGUAAGAAAGCCAAGAGGAAAACAGCCUGAUCCUGAACCGGUUAUAUUAACAUUAAGUUCUGAUGAAGAAGACUCGAAUAGUUCAAUGUUAAGUAAUCAGAUGGAACAGUCGGCAACCAUGAAGGAACCAUCACUAAGUGAAAUAGAAGGUGGAACACCAGACAGCGGCAUUGGAUUUGAUAAUAUGGAUGAUGAGAGCAGGGAAGAAAUAAGUCAAAAUGUAUCAGGCAUUGUGGCUUCUCUAAACUGUAGGACUAUUAGAAUUGGCUCAUAUAGAUAUACACCAAAAGAAAAGGUUUACAUAUCAUCUAGGGGCAUAAAGAUUGUUGCACCUUCAUUAAAAAAUGAAUCAAAAGAAGUAGCUCUCCAAAUACAAUUAAAAGAAGUAGUCCGGAUAUUGAUUCAUUUUGGAAAAGGACUACCAGUUAUUUUUCUAUAUACUAAAAGCAAAUGUGGCGUUUAUAUAAGAAAAAUGUUGGACAUGGUUGAGGACCUAGGUCCAUAUUACAAUCCAAUGUCAAAGAUAGACCCCUACAAAAGGAUAACCUUACUACCCAAUGUUAUUACUGAUGACACUAAGGCUGCUUUAAAAAAUUUAUUUGGCAAGGUUAUGGAUGAGUUGAACGCAAAAGAAGCUAAUGAGAUUCUAGUGCGAACAUGUCCACAAGAAAGCAAUAAUAUUUCAAAAAUGACAACAAGAUCUGCAAGUGCUUCCAAUGUUUCUGGCGGGAAAAGUUCAAAUCCAGCUGAGAUCAGACAAAUUUUAAUAUACCCUCCAGGUAAAGGUGGUAUUCCUAUAAAUACAGAAGACUACAUGUGUUUAGCCCAAGAUCAAUUCUUAAAUGAUGUUAUAAUUGAUUUCUAUUUGAAACACUUAGUUCAUGAUGUAUUAACCGCCAGUCAGAGAGAAAAGACUCAUAUUUUUAGUACUUUCUUUUAUAAAAGAUUAACUACAAAACCAAGCAAAGUAAAUAGAAGUUCAAAUCCACAUGAAUGGGACAGCAGUUUGUCACCAGCACAAAAGCGACAUGCCAGAGUCAAAACGUGGACAAAGAAUGUAAACAUUUUUGAGAAAGACUUCAUUGUAGUUCCUAUAAAUGAAAACUGCCAUUGGUUUGUGGCGAUCAUAUGUUUUCCAAGUUUAGAUGGAUGUCGUAGUAUGAUUGAUAAUAGAAUUGUAGCUCCACAGGCGAUAAGGCGAAAAGAACGUAAAUCAUCUAUGCAGAUAGGAAGCACAACAAUUACACCUCUAGUAAAACAGGAACAACUGACUUUAAAUUGUGACUCAGAUAAUUUAAGUGAGCGAGAUGAGGCUGAGGGAGAUGAAAGUGACUUAGACAUGCAGUGUGAUUCAGAUGAAGAUGAAGCAGAAAAGACGGUGGAAAAGAAACCAGAUCUACCUGUUGUCAGAAAGAAUGAACCAAUAAAACACCCCUGUAUUUUAAUUUUUGAUUCACUUGCUGGAGCUUCAAGAUCAAGGGUUGUGGCUACUUUGCGCGAUUACCUGACUUGUGAAUAUCAAGCAAAGAUGUCAAAACAAAAAAUUUUUAAUAAAGACAAUAUUAAAGGUAGCUGUCCUAAAAUUCCCCAACAAAAUAACUUUACAGACUGUGGUUUAUAUCUUUUACAAUAUGUUGAACAUUUUUUUAAGGAUCCAAUAUUGGAUUAUGCUUUACCCAUAAAACAAUUGGCAAAUUGGUUUGAUGAAAUUGUUGUAACAAGGAAACGAGAAGAAAUCUCAAAUCUGCUCAAAUCCUUAAUGCAUACAUACAAUCCAGAUUCGCAUUUAACAUUACCUGAUAUCACAUUCCCUACUUUAAAUGGUAAAUUGAUUGAAAAUGAAGAGCAACAAGAAGAUGGUCCUGAGAAUGAAAAGGGAGGGUCAAGUAAAGAACAAAAAAUUGAAACAAGAAACUCAGAAGGCGCUACAUUAACUUUUUUAAAACAAAUGCCUACUGGAGAUAUUUUGUUAAAGAGGAACUUUGCUGAUUCAUCAGAUACAAUUCAUUUAAGAAAAACAAUAAGGCUUUCGAGUGACUCCGAAAAUAGAUCCGUGGUUCAAUUUAAACCAGAAUUUAUAAAAAAGGGUGAUAAUGAUAAUCAAAUAACAAUAAAAUUGCACUCCGGUGAUUUUGUUAAAGACAUUCAAAAUACUUUAAUAGUUAAUAAGAAUAAAACUAUGGGUGAUAAAAAACAUGGUGUACAUAAUCAGAAUGUAUCCAAUGUAAAUUGUGUUCGUCAGAGUGUUAGUGAAAGUGAGAACUCAUUUCUAAAAGCAAGAAGAUUUAAUAAACUUGAAGAUUUAGUGACUGAAACUAGUAAAAAGUUUAAAAAGAAUGAAUUUUAAACAGUUGUCUGUCCACUUUACCCACUAUUAAAUUAUUUUUAAUUUAAUAAAAUGUAUAGUUGUUUUAUGACUUUUGUAAAUAUUAGUUAAUGCUAUUUACUUAUUAGACAAUGUAUGUAUCUGUUUUAUAAAUAUUAAUGUAAAGAUUAAAAAUUAAAACUGUAUAAUACUAGCUUCUGUAUUAAACUGGUAGAAGAAAUAUA